AUGGCACAGGCUCCGACAGGUAAAUCUUCCGGGGGAGUCCUCCAGAUCCCUGUCGCCGCAACGCAGAAGAAUGCACCUACCGCCGCUCCGAAGAAGGCGCCCAAACCGCCCGCGCCUCGCCUGAAGCUCCUCGUCCGUCGGCUUCCGCCAGGGCUUACGCAGAACGAGUUUGAGUCCGCUAUCGGUGAUGAGUGGAAGGUGGGCGCCGGCAAGGUAGAUUGGUUUCAGUACAAACCCGGAAAGGUGUCGAAAGAUCCCGCCAAACCUUCUCGACCGUCGCGCGCCUAUAUCCAUGUUGUUUCCAGCGAAUACAUUGUACCAUUGUCCAACAAAGUCCGCCAAACCUCUUUCGUUGAUGCGCGAAACACUUCCAACGACCCGGUACUUUUAGGACCGGCGGCGUUGGAGUUUGCCCCGUACGCCAAAAUCCCUGGCAGCCGCGUGCGCAAAGACGCCCGUCAGGGGACAAUCGACCAGGACCCCGACUUCAUUGCCUUCCUGGAGAGUCUGACGCAGCCGAUCGCCAAACCCGCACCCGUGGAAGCCACCGGCGAGCCCGAAGACAAGAAGGAAACGAUAACAACAACGCCGUUGGUCCAGUAUAUCAAAGAGAAGAAAGCCAACAAAGCCAAAGACGGAUCUGGGAAAUCGAAGCACCGGGGUGACAAAGACGGGAAAUCCGAGAAGGUUCAGGCGAAGAAACUGCUCCAGCGCUCGGACAAGGAUGGGGAGAAGUCGGAGAAGAAAUCGUCCAAGACGGACAAAGCUACCCGCGAUGCUGUGAAGGCCGCCAACAAGCAGGCGGCGAAUGUUGCCAAGGCAUCCAAGUCCUCUACGGGCCAGAAUUCGCCCAAGGAUGGCCAGUCGCCCGCGACAUCAGAACGCAAGCGCGAACGCGGGAAUGUCGCUGCAGCGGCCAAGAUCCUCCAACGAGACCUGGGCCUCGCUCCGUCUGGCGGUCGUCGCCGUGGUGGGAAAGGCGGCGGCGCGGACCCCGACGCCGGGAAGACUGAGGCGGGUGGAGCAUCGUCAGAAUCUGGCAAAAAGGAUAGGAAGGGAGGCGGUUCCCAAAACGCCAAGUCUAAAGGAAAUACGGCACCACCGAGUGAGGCGGCGUCUCGCGCCGACACCAGCACGCCUCCCGCUACGACGGCUACACCCAAGGCAUCCAAAUCUGGCAAGGGAAAGCAGGCAUCAGCACCGCCGACAGCUACAGCUACACAGGCCUUCUUGAAACACGCCAAUCCAUCGCAGGGAGUGACGGAGCCAUUGCUGGAGGCAGCGUUCACGCCGUUUGGGAAGGUGGUGAAGGUGGAGAUCGACAAGAAGAAGGGCUUUGGGUAUGUUGACUUUGCAGAACCAGAAGGACUGCAGAAGGCAAUUGCGGCGAGUCCAGUGUCGGUGGCGCAAAGCCAGGUGGUGGUGCUGGAGCGGAAGAUGAAUCCGGGCGGGGAGAAGGGACGGGGGAAGAACCGCAGCGAGGGAACGAACGGUGGAGGGAAUGCAAAUGCAAAUGGGAGUGGGAAUGGGAAUCGGGGAGGGAAGCCGGAGGGAGGAUCGUCUCGCGGUCGAGGUGGACGGGGGUCGAAAAACAAGGGAGGGACGAAGAAGGAGGGUGAAGGGAAGGCGGAAGGGAAGUAG